AGCACACUCCCGCUAAAACACACACUGACAAACAAACACAAGUGUAAAAGAAAAGACCGAGUGGAUCCGUACAGUCCUCUGGAUUUAGUGGUUGGGGGGGAAGAAGUUUCUUUCCCCAAAGCCAAACUGUUGUAUUAGAUUUGCAGACUCACAGAGACGAUGCCUUUCUUUUGCCUAGUCUCAAAAACCGCUCAGUGGAUUUGAUUGCCGCUCAGAUUAUUUUCUGCAAAUUAUUCCAACGGAAGGGAUUGAGAGACUGAGGCAGAGGAUGCUCCCACAGGUCAUAAGGAUUCUAUAUGUCUUGUCUUUUUGCUUUUUUCAAGGAGGCUUUAUCAGACCGGGUUCCUGUAAGGAGGAGAUAAAGUCCUCUAGUAGGACAGUCGCCUCCUCGCAGUCCCCGUCUGACUUCCUGGACAAGCUCAUGGGGAAAAGGUCUGGCUAUGACGCCCGCAUCAGACCCAACUUCAAAGGUCCGCCUGUGAAUGUCACCUGCAAUAUUUUCAUCAACAGCUUUGGGUCCAUCACGGAAACUACUAUGGACUACAGGCUCAAUGUGUUCCUACGGCAAAAGUGGAACGAUCCCCGCUUGGCUUACCAGGAGUACCCAGACGACUCCUUGGACCUGGAUCCUUCCAUGUUGGACUCCAUCUGGAAGCCGGACCUUUUCUUCGCUAACGAGAAGGGGGCUAACUUUCACGAGGUCACCACCGACAACAAACUGCUGCGGAUCUUCCAAGAUGGGAGUGUACUGUAUAGCAUCAGGCUGACUCUCAUCCUGUCCUGCCCUAUGGACUUGAAGAAUUUCCCCAUGGAUAUUCAGACCUGUACCAUGCAGCUUGAAAGCUUUGGGUACACCAUGAAUGAUCUGAUCUUCGAGUGGUUGGCCGAGAACCCGGUGCAGGUGGCUGAUGAUCUGACGCUCCCACAGUUUGUGCUGAAAGAUGAGCAGGAUCUAGGCUACUGCACCAAGCACUACAACACAGGUAAAUUCACCUGCAUCGAGGUUAAGUUCCACCUGGAGAGACAGAUGGGCUAUUACCUGAUCCAGAUGUACAUCCCCAGCCUGCUCAUUGUCAUCCUGUCCUGGGUCUCCUUCUGGAUCAACAUGGAUGCUGCCCCGGCUAGAGUGGGCCUAGGCAUCACCACCGUGCUCACUAUGACCACCCAGAGCUCUGGGUCCCGGGCCUCUCUACCCAAGGUGUCCUACGUGAAGGCCAUUGACAUCUGGAUGGCCGUGUGCUUGCUGUUCGUGUUCGCCGCACUGCUCGAGUACGCAGCAGUCAACUUUGUCUCACGGCAACACAAGGAGUUCAUCAGACUGAAGAAGAAGCAGCGGCGACAGAGAAUAGAAGAGGAACUGGCGAGAGACAGCCGUGGGUUUUACUUCCGCGGCUACGGACUGGGUCACUGCCUACAGACCAAGGACGGGACAACUGUGGAGGGGGCAACAGUCUUCACCCCGCCACCCCCAGCGAUGUCCACAGUUUAUGAUGGCGAAGCGGUCCGCCAGCGCUUCGUGGACCGGGCCAAGCGCAUUGACACGAUAUCCAGGGCCGUCUUCCCUCUGAGCUUCCUCUUCUUCAACAUUUUCUACUGGAUCACCUACAAAGUGCUGCGACACGAAGACAUCCAUGCAAAAUUGUAAUACACUCUCUGCUCUAAUCCCCAUAACUUCCUCAUUGUUUCAUGCUACAUUUCAGUUUUUCUUCUUUCAACCAAAACUGCCUGCAAGAUAUACAUUAAAAAAGGAGGGUUAAGUGUUUCAGAGGCAUAUGCUUCAUAACCAUUGAUCCUAAAAACUCUGCUCAGGUAGGUCUUCAGGAUCUCAGAGCGAGAGCAUGUGAGCAGAGAACGAAGUGAAGAUAUGGAUUCAAACUGGUGUUAGAUUGCAGUUUGUUUUUUGCAUUCUCUUUUAUCUUACUCCUCUUGUUUUGACUGGAUUACAGCAGAUGCUACAGGCGCUAGACUAGAGACAUAACAAUGCUAGUCUUUGAACUUCUGCCUGAACUCUGAAGUCGUUGUCUUUGCCUUUAGCCAUAUUCCAAAGUGAAUAUUGAUUGUAGCUGGAUGGAUAAUACUGACUUGAAUUUUAACACUCAAUGCAUCUUUGAAUGAAUGUUUUUAAAAAAUAACAAUUAAAAAAAGGCUUUUUUACAACUUUAGAUUGCCAAACAAAUUAGGGAGGGAUUGGGGUCUUUGAUAUUCUGGAUAUUUAAAUGGGGUGGGGAUAUGUUGUUUUAACUACAUAUGACGAGAUUAUAUAUGUAUCACACACAAAUGUAUAAACUGUAGAUAAACUGAGUUGUUCAUCGAUUGCACACCUCACAAAUGUGUAUUUCCUUUUGUCUAACAUUUGAAUAAAUGGGAUAUUCUGCCA